CUGCCAUUUGCCACUAACAUGCCAGAGAGAUUUCAGCUGCCAGCUAACCCACACUUUCUCAAUGGACUGUCUGACCUCCCUUAAAUAUUUAUUAACUCAAUUAUUCAUUAAACCAAACUCCCCAUCAACCUCUUUUAGAUCAGGAGGUGGUGGUGGUGGUGUUGGUCACAAAGCAAUUAGGAGGCAUGUUAAUGUCUCCUGCAAUGUUGUGGUUGUUGUUAUCUUCGUUGUUGGCGGUGGCGGUAGUGACAAUUCCCUGCUUCGCUGCGGCGGCGGCCGACACGGCGCCGCCGUAUGCGAAUCACACGGUCGGCGGCGCCGCCGGGUGGUUCUUCAACGCCACCGCCAACGCCUCCGCCACCAACUACUCGGCCUGGGCCGCCACACAAUCAUUCUACCUGGGAGACUAUCUCAUAUUCAACACGAACGCGAACUCCACGGUGGUGCAAACGAGCAACGAGACGGCGUACCAGCUCUGCGACGCGAGCGGCGGCGACGACGGCGACGGCGGCGGCGGCGACGACACCUUCUUCUUCUCCGGCGGCGGCGGCGGCCGAGGCGGGGGAGCGGAGGAGGCGGUGGCGGUGCCGCUGACGGUGGAGGGCGCGCUCUACUACUUCUCCGACGACGACGACGGGAUCCAGUGCGCGCGGGGGAUGCGCUUCGCCGUCGCCGUAGCCCGCGGCCGCGGCCUCCCCCCGGCGCUAGCCGCGCCGCCGCCGCCUCCGCCGCCGAGCGCCGCCCCGCCGCCGCCCUACACGGCCGCGGGGACGAGCCAGGGGGAGAGGUUCUACAAUGGCGCGGGGAGGCUAGGGUUAGGGUUAGGGUUUUGGGGGAGCGUCGCGGGGGUCGGGGUCGUCGCGGCGAUGGUCAUCGGAGCGGUGUGAACGGGUUCGGGUUCGGAUUCGGGUGGGAGCUUCCCCCCUCCUAUUAAGGUGGGCCCCACAUUGUUUGUUGGGUGAAAUGAUGAGUAGUCCCUGUACUUUCCGGAUAUUACAACUUGGUCUGUUUUUUUAAAUUAAAUAAUUUUUUUGGGUUAA